UUGCGCCGGUUUUACAACCCAUGGGCGUGUACAAGAUUCAACUUGUUAACCGGAUUACCUCCCCUUUGUAACUCUCGCUACCUUCACGACAAGCAUCACAAUGGCUAUCCUGCCAGCAACUUGGGACAUGUAUGACCUCAUACAAGGUUUUAUACAGGCGCCAGCUUACCACUUGGUGUUUGAAGCUCUGUUGAUAGUAUGGAUCUUCAAGCUUCUCUUAUUCUCCAAGAGCUAUGCUCCAGAAAGAACAGUCUUAACAGAAAAGGAAAAGGCAGACCUUAUUGCCGACUGGCAGCCAGAGCCCUUGGCCCCUGAUGUGCCAGACGACCACCCAAUCCUGCAGAGCAUGGAGCAGAACAUGAUAUCUGGCCGUCCAGACAAGUAUGUUACCAUCAAUGGCAAGCGGUGUAUCAACAUGGCCACUCUCGACUUCCUUGGCAUGAUCAAUGAUAAAAGCAUUGAGGCGAAGGCCAUAGCAGCACUGAAAGUCUAUGGGGUAGGCUCAUGUGGACCGAGAGGCUUUUACGGAACCAUGGACGUUCACCUGGAACUGGAAGAGAAACUGGCCAAGUUCAUGAAUUGUGAGGAAGCCAUCUUGUAUUCUUACGGGUUUGCCACCAUUGCCAGCGCUAUCCCAGCCUAUUCGAAGAGGGGGGACAUAGUGUUCUGUGAUGAGGGAGUCUGCUUCUCCAUCCAGAAAGGUCUGGUGGCAUCUCGUAGCAUUGUCAAGUUCUUCAAGCACAAUGACAUGGCCGACUUGGAGCGACUUCUUAUUGAGCAACAACAAAACGAUAAGAAGAAUCCCAAGAAAGCCAAAGUGACGAGACGUUUUAUAGUUACAGAAGGAUUGUUUGUCAACUAUGGAGACAUCUGCCCUCUACCUCAACUUGUGGAGCUCAAGUGGAAGUACAAGGUUCGCAUUUUCUUGGAAGAGAGCCUCUCAUUUGGUGUCCUGGGGAAGACGGGCCGAGGCGUCACUGAAUAUUUCAAUGUGAAUAUAGAAGAAAUUGAUCUGAUUGCUGCAUCUCUAGAGAACUCCAUUGCCUCCAUCGGGGGAUUUUGUUGUGGGCGGAAAUACGUCAUUGAUCACCAGCGUCUGUCAGGACUGGGCUACUGUUUCUCGGCCUCCUUGCCCCCCAUGCUGGCUUCAGCUGCCACACAAGCCAUAAGCAUCCUGGAGAACCAGCCUGGUGAGUAG